AUGGCGGCUGGCAGAUUUUUACUUUUUGCUAGCCGUGUGCGAGAAGGGCACAUAACUCGUGUGAGGGCGGGGUCAUCAGUUCCCCAUCAACAGUGGAGUGUGUCUUGCAAAGCAGCCUGUGCUGCAGCGCCGUGUGAUAAAGUCACGGAAAUCCAACGGAAGAAUCAGCAGAUUCGAGCAGUUCUGAAGAAACUGCCCUGGCCUGAGCUAUUGUGCUUCGAGGCGAACGGCUGCGUGCAUGAUUUGCCACUGCGCACACGGAGGCGGAUACCUGCUGCGGUGCUCGACGCAGCCAAUGAUUCCAGGUUGCGUUUUUUGGCCGGCUUCUUUGAUGGUGAUGGUAAUGUUUCCUGCCAAUCUAAUUUGUCCGGGUGCUACUUGCAGGUUUCACAGUCCUUCAACCAGGCCGAAAUUCUCAUGCUCCUUCGUGAAACCUUCGGGGGAAGCAUCGGGCUGCACAGCCACGGUGUGGGACUUCAGAAACCUGCUCUUCGAUGGGCAAUAUACGGCCAGUCGGCUCGACAGACCGCCUGCCUCCUGGCGCCACACAGCAUCACCAAGCAAAAGCAGCUGUUGCUGGCGGGACAAUGGCCCGAUGCGAAGUUCGGGAGAGAGGACAGCAAAGCCAAGCUGCGCAACUUGAAACAUGCCGAUUCUGCAGUCCCUGGGCAAUGCACCUGGGAGUACUUGGCUGGAUUCUUCGAUGCUGAGGGUAAUAUCGCACAAAGAGGCGGAGGAGUCUCACUGAAGUUGACGAUCUCCCAGAAGUACCCAAUGGUGCUACAGUGCAUUCGUGAGUUUUUGUCAUCCCGAUCUGAGGCCAUAGAUGCAUGUCUCAGGAUGAGGGCACAACAUGAAUAUGUGCUUGUAGUUGAGAGAUUUCCAGAAUGCAAGCGUCUACUACAACGCAUGUUGGCAGCCGGGCUGUUGUGCAAAGCGAAGCAGGCAGAACUGGCUUCAGGCCUGAGGACGGACAAUGCAGCGCAAGUCCACGGUGAGCUCGUGAGAUUGACUGGCAACCAGCGGUUUGGCAGAAGCCUGGAUACUGCUGAUCACGAAAGGGCGCAGGCACUACGUUCACUAAGGCGACAAGCCAGGUGUUUGAUGAGGAGAGGAGAGCUGCAUGAGUCUAAAACCAAGCUACCCGAAAUUGAGGCAGCACAGCGUGAACACGAACUUUGCAAUGCGCUGCGAGAGAAUGCUCAGUUGCUUCAAUACGUGCAAGACAUUCAGAAUUUGCACGAGAUUUCGUGGGUUGGUCCACGAACUCCCAGCAUGUGA